AUGUUCCCUAAAUGUGCUACCAGCCGCCUUGGCCCCAAUGGCGAUCCUCUCUGGCGAAAAGGCAGUUCGGAUUUAUUUGGCCAAGUUGAAGCGAAGGGCGAUAGUGAUUUAUUCAAAAGUUCGCUGGGAUGCGAAGCGCUCGAUGCAUCAGUAGGGUCAUUCGCUUCUAAGCCAACAGCAAAAAGAUGGGAAGCACUAUUUUCCGAAGAGGCAUCCAAAAGACAACCCUCCAGCAUCAAGGCAGCUGCUCGAGCUGCAGCAGAACCUGGCAUGAUUUCCCUCGGUGCUGGAGCACCUUCAGCUGCCUACUUCCCAUUCAAAGAGAUCGAUGUCAAAGUGUCAAACAGCUUAAACGAUUCGGUGGAGACAGGGGUAUCCGAGUCAGUCCUUCACAUGGCUAAGUAUGACUUUGAGGCAGGAGUCAAUGACUACGGCCUGGAUGUUGCUUUGAACUAUGGUCAAGGAACCGGCUCUGCACAGAUGAUACGCUUUGUGACAGAGCAUACAGAAUUACUACAUGACCCUCCUUACGCUGACUGGGGCUGCUGCCUAACCGUCGGAAGUACAGCCGCAUGGGAUUCGACCCUCAGGAUCUUCUGCAACAAAGGAGAUUAUAUACUUGUCGAGAAUUAUGCAUUCGCGAGUGCACUGGAAACAGCAUGGCCCCAGGGCAUCAAAACUCUCGGCGUAGAGAUGGACGAACAAGGUAUCAUUCCAACCAAGCUUGACGACUUGCUUUGCAAAUGGGAUGAGCAAGCUCGGGGAGCACGUAAACCAUUUUUGCUUUACAUGAUUCCGACAGGUCAAAAUCCAACUGGAGCCACGCAGUCUCUUGCACGAAGGAAGGCCAUCUAUUAUGUGGCGCAAAAGCACAAUCUCUACAUUGUAGAAGAUGAGCCUUAUUACUACCUGCAGUUGCCGAAGUACCGCCCAAACCAAGCUCUUGACUCAUCUCAGGCCGAUGAUCUUAUACCAUCAUAUUUGAGUCUCGAUGUGGAUGGGAGAGUCCUUCGACUGGAUUCACUAUCCAAGGUUCUUUCUCCUGGUGCUCGGAUGGGCUGGGUCACUGCGUCUCAGCAGGUUAUUGAGACAUUUGUUCGACAGAAUGAAACUUCAUCUCAACAUCCUAGUGGCUUCUCCCAGGUUAUUGUGUUCAAGCUCCUCAAUCACCAGUGGGGACAUUUGGGUUUCUUCAAGUGGCUAAAGAGUAUCCAGAAGGAAUAUACAUGGAGAAGGGACGUUUUUGCUGAGGCAUGCGACAUAUAUCUUCCCAAAGACUUUGUGGACUGGACUCCCACCCACGCGGGCAUGUUUCAAUGGAUUGAGAUCAACUGGAAGUCCCACCCUCUGUAUAAGACUGGGAGUGACCACUCGACAAUCCAACAAUCCGUUUUUGAUUCCGCUGUCAAAAAUAAGGUUUUUGUGACGCCUGGGUCGUGUUUUUGGGCCGAGAGUGAUGCAGUACAGGGUCGAAUGUUCUUCCGGGCUACCUUUGCAUCGGCAUCGAAAGAGAAUCUCACAGAAGCAGCCCGCAGAUUUGCCGUAGCGAUCAAGGAAGAAUUUGAAUAG